CGAUAUUUACUAUUGUAGUCUUUGAUAGUGGUUGUGUCGAAUUUUGAGUCAUUUGUGAUUUUAUACAAUUUUUGAUUACAAACUAUAAAUUUUAACGAUAUUACUUUCACGGAGAUAUAAAUAAAUUAAUUAAUCAUGGCUAAAAUGGCAUUUCAACAUCAAGCCGGAACGGCAAUGGAAUGUCUUAGUAUUCCAAUAACUUUACAAAAAGAGGCCGGUGUCGAUGCUGAAGGUCGUGAAGUUAUGAAAUGUGGAUUUAAAAUUGGCGGUGGUAUAGAUCAAGACUAUCGUAAGAGUCCUCAGGGGUAUACGGAUAAUGGCAUAUAUGUAACUGAAGUGCACGAAGGAAGCCCAGCUGCUAAAGCCGGUUUGCGUAUGCAUGAUAAAAUUCUACAAUGUAAUGGGUAUGACUUUACAAUGGUAACUCAUAAAAAAGCUGUUAGUUAUAUAAAAAAACAUCCAGUAUUAAACCUUUUAGUGGCAAGAAAAGGUGUGACUUCAACAUAACUAAAUUGAUAAUCCUAGAAAAAGAGAUAUUAUGGUGUUAUUUAUUUUUUAAAUAAGUUUAGUUAUUUAAUUUUGUAAUAUAAUAAUUAGGAAAAUAUUAAAUUAUUUCAGAUUAGAUGUCUGUAAUAUUGUAUUAUUUUACUAAAUAAAAUAUUUCUCAAAUAUUGUUUAUAACAAAGAAUUUUCUUAUGAUUUUUUUUUGAGUUGGUAUACUAUUACAGUCACCUAAUCUUUAUGAUAGCUGCUGAUCAUAAGUAACAGAUACAGGUUACCAUGAUUCCAAUUUAAAAUAAAUAUAAUAUAAUUGGCAUAACUGGUGAGAAAUGCUUUUUAUAUGUUUGUUUGUGUCUGUUAAGAUUAGUUAUAAGUAUUAAAACAAUAUAAAUUUGUAUUUAAAAUGGAUUGAUGUGUGCCAAGUUGAAGCUGUGUUUCUCUUAAAUAUUUAAUAGUUUAUAACACAAUUUCAACUCUUGUAUCACCAAAGACUAGUGAAAAAUACAAUGAUAACAAGAAAUAUAUAAGAUUUUCACAAUGUUUAAACAAAUCAAUACCAACUUAUGUGUAACAUGUUUUUUUUUUUGUAAAAAUAAAUAAGUAUCAGUUUAAACUUUAUGAAACUAAGGUUUUGAUAUGACAAUUUAUGUAAAAAUAUAUUUUUAAUCUUUUCUUUACAAAAUGUUAGUAAAUACUUACUGAAAAAGUGACUGUCACACUCUUCCUGCUAAUAUGUUGCAAUUACCAUUUGAUAUGCUGUGUAAUAAAUUUUUAUCUUCUUUAAGAUUAAAACCUU